GCUAAUACAACCGUGAUGCUGAUUCCCAAAACUAAUGCCAGUGUUAGCCAAGCAGGCCAGGGAGUCCUUGGUGCUGCUACCCUGCCAUCAGGGAUGGCACAAUACAUAAAAUAUGCAGGCCAACAGGUUGGAAGCCCCAACAACCAGCCACAACAUUCCCAACAACCAGGGUGGAUGGAGAAACUUGUCAAAGUGGAGACCAAGACUCUGGGGGCCGUCCAGAUCUUAAUUGGUUUGAUGCACAUUGGCUUUGGGAGUGUCUCGGCUGUUCUUUGUCCCUGGAUAUCAACUCUUGCUACUACUUUAGGUUACCCAUUCUGGGGUGGACUAUUUUUCAUUAUUUCUGGAUCCCUGUCGGUGUCAGCUGAGAAACAUGCAACUCCCUGUCUGGUGCGAGGCAGCUUAGGAAUGAAUAUCACAAGUGCUGCAAUGGCAUCAGUUGGCAUCAUUCUGUAUUUGGUAGGGCUGUAUGUAACUCCUUUUGAUUACAGUUCAAGUGAUUACGGAUAUUAUUGGACAAAGGCUGCAAGUAUUGUUCUUGUCGCUGUUCUCCUCUUGUUCAGCAUUCUGGAGUUCUGCAUUGCUGUCUCAUCGGUAUAUUUUGGGUACCAGUUAACCUGCUGUUCCAAUGACCAGGUGAACAAAUGAAGGAUCGCAAUUCCAGAGUGGGAAAGCAACCCAAGAAAUAACCUAAGAAAUAUUACUCAGAGUUGCCAAACUUAAAAAAAAAUCCCUCAGGGUUUCUCAGUGCCAGUUUUGGUGCCAGCUCUUUUGGGGAGUGUUAUAUUGUGACGUAUAUUUCUUGUUGGUGUUUGCUAACUAUGCGGUUCACUUGUUUUGACAUGACCUCUUAGCGUCAUAGCAGUUACCGGUACUUUGGUUUCUCUUCCAUCUUUGUUGCUUGUUGUUGGUCGUUAGGUCCAGGCAGGACCCAGAAGAAGACUACCUUUAACUCUAAUAAAGUUCUCCACCAUUUCUGACUGCUUGGUUGUAGAAUUAUUGCAGAGAGGGCAACAAAGCAGCAGUUCCUUGUAUGCCAGGCUAGACAGUAGCAAAUGGGAGAAGGUUCAGGGCAGCCUGAGACAGCGCAUGUCUUCUCUUCCCAUCUCUUGCGCCAUUGUGAACUAAGCUGUCCUCUGUUAAAUUUACAUCCUUUGCUGAAGCAGACCCUGAUGCUUGCAAAGUUUCGGGCUGUUUCCAGUGCACCCAGCUGACGUGGGUAAAUUUCAAGGCGUGCAGUGUUGGUGACUUGUGGAAGUCAGUUGGUAGC